UCAAAUAAUUUCAGUUCACAAUAGGUUAUUUUUUUUAUCAGCAGCAACUUCAAGGAACAUAUUAGUAUGCAAUAUAAUGUUUAUGUGAAAUGUGCGGUGAAAUUGUUUGAAAAAAAAUAAAUAAUUUAUCCUAAGAAAUAAGUUGAGUACGUUGGAUAUGUCGCAUUGGAAAAGUAACAAAGAAUGGGUUGUGUCAAUAGUCGAACAGAUAUUAAUGAUCUACAUCCAAAUGUUUUUCAAGUGAUGAAUGUAGAUGAUUUAGGUAAUUUAAUUACACCUGGACGUUUAGAAGUUACAGAAACUGAUAUAGUGCUUUAUCAACGUGGUAAACAGCCUAUUAAGUGGCCACUACGUUGUUUAAGGCGAUAUGGUUAUGAUGCUGAAAUUUUUAGUUUUGAAUCAGGAAGAAGAUGUUCUACAGGUCCAGGCAUUUAUGCUUUUAAAUGCCGUAGAGCUGCACAUUUAUUUAAUCUUGUGCAAACAAAUAUUCAGGUUUGUAAUAAUAGUGGAGAUGAUACAAUGUCUAGAGAACUUCCAAUUGCUUCUCAUUCUGCUCCAACAGUAACAAGAGUGACAAUACCAGUUGAGCCUAAUUAUUUGGAUCCUAUAUUAAAUAGAUCUAAUAAUCAUAUGGGUCCUAGAUUUGUUCAUAAUCAACAAAAUGGAGUUGGAAGACUCGAUAGUGUAGGAAGUAGCACUGGUUUUAUGUCAUCUCAAGGAAACAUAAACUCUCCUACAUCACCUCCUGUGCUACCACCACCACCACCACCACCACCACCACCACCACCACCACCACUACCAUCAUUUCCUCAAUCACAUCCGUCCUCACUUUAUGUAAAUGAAGAAGUAUUGUCCUCUCUAUCAUUAGAAAUGGAACAUAAUAACAACAAAAGCCUUAGAAGAGCAAUACAGAAGUCUUGUACAAUCAGUAAUUCUAUAUCUGAUAAUGGAUCAGCAUCAUUGGAACUAACAUCUGUACAUAAAAAUACAGAAAUCACUUCUCAAAUUAAAUCACCACUUUCAAUAGCAACUUAUAUAAAUAUAGAUAUUAAUAAUGAUGUUAGUCUAUUAUCUCCAACUCAUAGUAUAUCUGAAAUAAUGCAAUUUAAAGAAGACAAAAAUGAAAACAAUGAAUGUGGACAUGCUUAUAUAAAUAUAAAUCCUCAAGAACAUGCAGAAUCUUUUAAUGUUAAACCACGACCUUUACCAUUGUCAUCUAUUCAAUCUGAUAUAGAAGAAGCAACAAGACAUUGUUAUGCUAAUUUAGAAUCAAAUGAAAUUGAAAAUUUAAGAAAAAGAUUUUCUGGAGUAUCUAUUGCGGAGAAAUCGCCUUUGCCUCCAUCAACGCCUACAGGUGGUCCAAUUAGAGAAGUAAAUUAUGCUGUAUUAGAUUUGGAUACAAAAGAUGUGCCAAUGAAUUUACCAUUAGAUGGUCCUUCAAAUUCCACUGCAUCUCCUCCAGAAUCUCCAAAUAAACUACAAAAAGGGUAUGCUACAAUAGAUUUUAAUAAAACGGCCGCUCUUUCUCAUUCAGUCAACCCAAAUAUUGUAAAUGAUAACGAAGGUUCAAGAAAAACACGUCACAAUUCUACAAUUAGUGAUUUAGCAGCCUCUGGUAGGCGUAGUUCGUCUAUAAGUGAAUAAUAAGUUUUUUGUUUCCUGACUGUGCCUGCAUGUAUUGAAUAUCUGUAGCAUUUUAUAGAAAGUAUAAAAUAUUUGAUUAAAUAUAAAUAAUUUAAUAAUAUAAAACCAAAGAAAAAAAUAUUAAAUUAGUUCAUAUACUUUUCAUAUAAUAUUAAACAAAAAAAAUUUUAGUAUGUAAAAGCAUAAUUAAAAAAUUAAAUUUCUCAUUUUAUUUUAUAUUUUAUUAUUCAUUUAAUAGAAUUUAAUUUUAUACAACAUAUACAAAAAAUAUUACAGUAUUUUUAAAGAGUAAGUCUUUUUUCAUAGUGUUGUUGAUAUGCACAAAAAAAUCUCUUUUAUAUAAUAUAUAAAUAUGUUUAUAGAAUAUGUAAGUAAUGAUUUUCUACAUUGACUAUUGUAGGAGAAUUAGAAGCUAAAAUGCCCUAAUUUUCCUGAAUCAUAGGAAUUGAUGAGGCUCAAAUAGACUAAUUGAGAUAAAAAUACAUGAUAUAUUGACUACUUUAAAAGUAGUCAAUUAAAAUUUAAUUAAUUAUGGCCAUAAUUUGGAGUGAUUUUGAUAAUUCAUAGAUAUUAAUAGUAAAACAUUAUAUAUAUAUAUAAUAUAUG